GAACAGGAAACGCACCGUGUGGCGCAUGCGCACUGUGCAGAUUACGGCGGCAAGCGUGAGGUGAACGUUGAGGUGCGCACAGCACUGUGUGAAUUCUGACAGAGAGAAAGGGUUCGUUCUCAGUUAUUGAAUCCACUGCUCUGUAAAGAUGGACUUCCAGCACCGAGCCGGUGGAAAGACCGGCAGUGGCGGGGUUGCUUCAGCCUCCGAGAGCAACCGGGACCGGCGAGAACGCCUACGCCAACUCGCGUUAGAAACCAUAGACAUCAACAAGGACCCUUACUUCAUGAAGAACCAUUUGGGCUCUUAUGAGUGCAAGCUGUGUCUCACACUUCAUAAUAAUGAGGGGAGUUAUCUGGCUCACACACAGGGAAAGAAGCACCAGACUAAUUUAGCACGAAGAGCAGCUAAAGAGGCCAAAGAGGCUCCAGCCCAACCAGCGCCCGAGAAAGUAAAGGUGGAAGUGAAGAAGUUUGUAAAGAUCGGGCGACCAGGUUACAAAGUAACGAAACAGAGGGAUCCAGAGACGGGUCAACAGAGUCUACUGUUUCAGAUUGACUAUCCUGAGAUUGCAGAAGGAAUUGGACCCAGACACCGCUUCAUGUCUGCGUAUGAGCAGCGUAUCGAGCCUCCAGACCGUCGCUGGCAGUAUCUGCUCCUGGCAGCCGAGCCCUACGAAACCAUUGCGUUUAAGGUCCCGAGCAGAGAAAUAGACAAAUCAGAAAGUCGCUUCUGGACUCACUGGAAUAGAGAAACGAAACAAUUUUUCCUUCAGUUCCAUUUCAAAAUGGAGAAGCUUCUGCCUCAGCCUGGAGGACAGACAGCUCCUGCUACCAUCAAGCGCCCACCUCCUCUGAUGACUGGCCUCAGCAUUCGACCGCCUACUGACACCAUGCCCCCACCACCACCCGGAGGAAUUCCAGGGAUGCCCCCUCCUCCACCCAACGGCCCUCCACAGAUGCCCAAUGCUUCUGGCUUGCCUCCUCCUGGUGCUCUGCCACCCCACCUGCCCCCACCGUUACCUGCUGAUGGACCAGGAGGAAUUUCUUCUUCACCAAGCAACUGAUUGGACACUUAAGAUUUUUUGUUUGUUUGUUUUUUGUCUUUACAUUGGAUUUUGUUCAGCAGGUGUUUUGUCAACUUGUUGAAUCAGUCUGAUUUUUGUAAAUAAGAACAGGAGGUUUGUAUACAUCAGAGUGUGGUGGUUAUUUUUAUUGUUGGUAUUUUUAUAACUGCAUUCCUGCUAAGAUCACGGCAGCCUCCUGUUCUCUUGAACCCUGAAUGUUUCAGAUUUCAUGCACAAGCUCUAAUAACUGAAUUCUCUCCUUGUUUGGAGGUCCACUUGGAGACUUGAUCUUCAAACUUUACAGUUUAGAGUAUUUUUAUUUUUUUUUAAAUAAAUAUGAUCUUUCUGAUAUGAGACCACCACAGCCACAUUAUCCUAACAUCAAGUGUUUUUUUUUUUUUUUUAAUGAUUAUUAAAAUCUGAUAAUGGUUCAUGUUUUCUGAAGUGCUGCUGUUUUUGUUGCAUAUCUUAUUUUUUCACUUGCAUGUCAUGUUCGGUCUGACGGUUUUGGGUUGCUGUCUCAUUACUGUGUAUUUAUCACGCGUAAGGAUCAUGUUCAGAGAGUCAUAACAGUACCUGUAAUCCUGCGUUUGUCCGAUAUAAAUAUUAUCCUGAAGUGGCAGUAGCAAAUAAAUUAUACAUGUGCCAUUGAAA